UACUAAUAAUUAACAGAUUAAUCAAAUCACACAUAUUUCUCUCUGGUAUAUCAAUCUUUGAAUCCCAAUCAUUAAAAGAUUAUACCCUUUAUUGGCCUCUUAUUUCAGGGGAAAAAUAAAACCCGUUUCCGCCCAAGUCCCCGGCGGCACGCCGUCGCCGGCCUCCCUUUCUCUCUCUUAUUUACUCUUCCUCUGCUUGCUCAUUCAUAUAUAUUCAUUUUUGUUUGCAUCAAUAAAAAAUUGAAAACUCAACCAUUUUUUUUUCUUCUCAUAAUAAAAAAACACACAAAUCAAGCUUCGUCUUCCAUCGCUUGCUUCACACUCUUCUUCACCUCACACCCACCGAAAUCCACACCACCCCAUCACACCAAAGUAUCCAAGUUUGAAUCUUUGAGGAAAACGAGCACGUGGGUAAGUGGUGCUUGUUAGAGAGAGAGAGAGAAAAAAAAAAAAAAACAGCGUAUGGGUGUGUGUGAAACUGUGAAUCAUUGUUAUGGUAUGGCUCAGCAGAGGCAAUCGGGAAUGGAGAGGUUUGGGGUGAGAGAUCUGCACCACACCAACGGCGCUGGCGAUCACGUCGCCGUCGGGAUUCGCGGUUGCGCAGCCCUCAAGCAGCCGCGGCUCCGGCGAUCGGCGCGAUCCGACAGGGCCACGCACCUUUCGGUGGCGGCAAUCCUCGUUUUCCUCUUGCUCGUACUUGUCGUCACUUUGCUCGUGUUCUCUUACAUUUCUAGAGACGAAAUAAGUAACAAUGGCGAUGAUAGUGAUGAUUUAAAGAGUGAUUCUGAUUUUCUUACAAAUGUACCACGGAUACAGAGGAAGAAAGUCCUUGACUUUGGGCAUGGCUCUGGGGGACAUGGCCGGGAUUCGAGAUAUUGGGAUAGGGAUGAUAGGAGAAGGGAUGGUGAUUACGACGAGGAUAUGAUGGAGCAGACAAGUAAGGAUCCUGAAGAUGAAAAUGCUGAAGAUGAUGCUUCUGUAAAGACGGACCACGAUACAAAGUCUUCUCAGGAUGGUUUAAAGCGGAGAGGUGAUGGCUUGUAUAAUGAAGCUGGACGUCAUGAGUUGAAAAGGUAUGAGGCAGAAUAUGAGGCUUCUUUGAAGAAUUUGGGACACUCAACUGAAGAUGAUGGGAAAGUGUUGCAUGAUACCGAUCUGGAAAAGAAGAAUGCAGCUGAUGAUAUUGAUGAUGAAUAUGAUGAUUUUUUUGAUUUUCAUGAUGCUCAAAUGGAAGAUUCUGGUGAUAGCAAAAAUAUGAGAGCAAAACAUUCUAAUUCCAGUGUGCUAAGCUUGGACAAUGAGGUUCAGAAACAGAAAUCAUCUAAUGAUUCUUUUGAUGAGGAAAACGAUGAUGAUGUUACUUCUGAAGAUGUUGAAGAGGCAUCUUCCUUGAAUAAAAAAAAUUCUCAUGAUGGAAAAACAAAUUCUAAACAUGCAAAUCAUUCUAAUGGACAAUCAAUUAGAAAAUCACAUCCUGAAACAAAGAAGAAAGCCAAACGACACAAAUUUUCAGGAUCCUGUGAUAUGAAAUUGUUAAACUCGACUUCACAGCUUGUAGAACCACUAGAAAGUCGAAAAUUUUCAAGAUUUAACUUACAGUACACAGAGACAGAAGAGAAGCCCCAGGGAGAUGAACAAUGGGUGCCCAGAUUUGCUGGUCAUCAGAGCUUAGAAGAGAGAGAAAGUUCAUUUUUGGCACGUGACCAGCAAAUAAACUGUGGUUUUGUUAAAGGUCCUGAAGGGUUUCAAAGCACUGGAUUUGACUUGACAGAAGAUGAUGCAAAUUACAUCAGCAGGUGCCACAUUGCUGUGAUUUCAUGCAUAUUUGGAAAUUCUGAUCGCUUGAGGACCCCAACCACCAAAACGGUGACUCGAUUGUCAAGGAAGAAUGUCUGCUUUGUGAUGUUUACUGAUGAAGUUACAAUACGGACCCUUUCUUCAGAAGGUCAUGUGCCUGAUAGAAUGGGUUUCAUUGGUUUUUGGAAAUUAGUGGUAGUGAAGAAUCUACCCUAUGAUGAUAUGCGGAGAGUGGGCAAAAUACCUAAGCUAUUGCCGCAUCGACUUUUUCCUUUUGCAAGGUAUUCGAUUUGGUUGGAUAGCAAGUUACGGCUGCAGCUUGAUCCUUUACUUAUCUUGGAGUACUUUUUGUGGCGAAAGGGUUAUGAAUUUGCAAUAUCCAAUCACUACGAUCGGCAUUGCGUGUGGGAAGAAGUAGCACAGAACAAGAAAUUGAACAAGUAUAAUCAUACAGUCAUAGAUGAACAAUUUGCAUUUUACCGGGCCGAUGGACUGGAAAGAUUUGAUGCAUCAGAUCCCAACAAACUUCUUCCAAGCAAUGUACCCGAAGGUUCUUUUAUUAUCAGAGCACACACUCCGAUGUCAAAUUUGUUUUCCUGUCUUUGGUUCAAUGAGGUUGACCGGUUUACCCCUCGUGAUCAGCUGAGUUUUGCACAUACUUAUCAGAAGCUGAGAAGGAUGAAUCCAGACAAACCUUUUCAUCUGAAUAUGUUCAAGGACUGUGAAAGAAGGCACAUAGCCAAGUUGUUCCAUCAUAGGUUGGAUGAGAAGAGGAUAAAUCGUCAAAAAACACCAGAAUAACGCGAGUUUUUAUUAACAUUUUUAUUGCUAUUGAGCUUGAUAUGAUGUACUUGGUCACGAGUCUUUUCUAUAUCUGUUGAAGUUGUGAUUCCCUGCUGGCCAUCUGCUGCAGAGUUUGUCACAAUUCACUUGAUGAUUCAGUGACUUAUGCUUCAGCACAGGUGUUUACCAUGGAAGUGAAGUGAAGUGUUUCUCAAAGUAUGAUCUACUACAGUGCUGCUGUGUCAUCCAUGGAAACAUAAUUUUGUGGUUAUGCUUUUAAUCAUAUCCCCUUCUCUUGUAUCCAUCCAUUAGUGACAUAAUUCAUUUAUGCCUGGGGAGACAAGCAAAGCUCCCUCACCAUCACUUCCACGACUAUGGCCCCAGCUCGUAUUUCCUCUCUAAAUUGGGAUUGUUUGUAUGUAGAAAUUUUUGAUAGGCCAUUCAUACGUUAGAAAUCUGUCUCGUGAUUCUUAUUGAUUUUAUUACUUAAAUAUUUCAUUAUACUAGCACGGAUGAGUUGUUAAAUUAAAUGUGUACCACUUUCUACUAAUGCCUAAUUCAAACUCUUUCCCUCCCCAAA